AUGGCUCAAUGUUUACAAAGAGAAAGCGAGAUUAAGAGACGCCAAGGGGAUUACAACGGAGCACUGCAAGACGGUUGCAAAUCAUUGGAAAUGAAAUUAAAAUGGUUAGACGAAAAGGAUGCUCGUCUUGCCGAUAGUUAUGAUCAAAUUGCGCAAGUCUACUGGGACUUGCGCAAUGUUGACUUAUGUCUGGAUAUGUAUAAGAAGUCACUGCAAAUUCGAUUGGCAGUUUUUGGUCAUAAUCAUCCCGAUGUUGCGAUGUCAUAUAACAACAUAGGAGUUGUCUAUGAGCACCAAGGCAAGUACGAUCAGGCUAUGGAUAUGUAUAAGAAGUCACUGCAAAUUGGAUUGGCAGCCCUUGGUGACAGUCAUCCCGAUGUUGCCAACUCAUAUAACAACAUAGGCAAUGUCUAUGAGCACCAAGGCAAGUACGAUCAGGCUGUGGAUAUGUAUAAGAAGUCACUGAAAAUUCGAUCGUCAGCCCUUGAUCCCAAUCAUCCCGAUGUUGCCAACUCAUAUCACAACAUAGGAGUUGUCUAUGAUCAUCAAGGCAAGUACGAUCAGGCUGUGGAUAUGUUGCACAAGUCACUGGAAAUUCGAUUGGCAGUUCUUGGUGACAAUCAUCUUCAUGUUGCGCGGUCAUAUAACAACAUAGGAGUUGUCUAUAGAAGCCAAGGCAAGUACGAUCAGGCUGUGGAUCAUUUUGACAAGUCCCUGCAAAUUCGAUUGGAAGUCCUUGGUCCCAAUCAUCCCUAUGUUGCGAUGUCAUAUCACAACAUAGGAGUUGUCUAUAGUCGCCAAGGCAAGUACGAUCAGGCUGUGGCUAAGUAUCGCAAGUCACUGGAAAUUCGAUUGUUAGUUCUUGGUGACAAUCAUCUUCAUGUUGCGCAGUCAUAUAACAACAUAGGACUUGUCUAUCAUGACCAAGGCAAGUUCGAUCAGGCUCUGGAGAUGCAUGACAAGUCACUGCGAAUUCGA